GAAAAGCAACGUUGUGAAAUCAUGCCUGAUCCAGUCAAAGCACCGAAGAAGGGCUCCAAGAAAGCCGUGUCCAAGAGCGUCACCAAGACCGGCAAGAAGAAGAGAAAGACCAGGAGGGAGAGCUAUGCCAUCUACGUGUACAAGGUCCUGAAGCAGGUCCACCCCGACACCGGCAUCUCCUCCAAGGCCAUGAGCAUCAUGAACUCCUUCGUGAGCGACAUCUUCGAGCGCAUCGCCGGCGAGGCCUCCCGCCUGGCCCACUACAACAAGCGCUCCACCAUCACCUCCAGGGAGAUCCAGACCGCCGUCCGUCUCCUGCUCCCCGGCGAGCUGGCUAAGCACGCCGUGUCCGAGGGCACCAAGGCUGUGACCAAGUACACCAGCUCCAAGUAAACCCGCUGUUUGCUUGAACUACUCAAAGGCCCUUUUCAGGGCCACCCACUGCCUCUUCUAAGAGCAGUAUUCCUGUUGCUGUUUCACCGUUAGGUCCAAGUUUCUUAAUUUUUGUGUGUGUGGGAGACAGUUCAAACACAAGGUUAUAUGACCUGUUACC